AUGCUGCUGGCUGUGCUGCUGCUGCUGCUGCCCCUCCCAGACCCAUGGUCUGCACAUGGGCACCCACUGUACAUGCGCCUGCCCCCCAGCACCCUGCAAGCUCUGUCAGCCCAGGGGACAAAAGUGUUGCAGGCGGCCCAGAGGAGCGCCCAGUGGGCUGUAAAUCAGGUGGUGAUGGAGAUCCAGCACAGACUGCAUGAGUGCUGGGGUUCACCUGGGCGUCCCAGGCCUCAAGCCCCCCUCCUCCAGGAUCCACCUGAGGCAGGGCCGUGUGGCGAGAGGCACCCGGGCACUGUCAACGUGACGCGGGCCCACGGCCGCAUUGUGGGGGGAAGCGCGGCGCCGCCUGGGGCCUGGCCCUGGCUGGUGAGGCUGCAACUCGGCGGGCAGCCUCUGUGCGGCGGCGUCCUGGUGGCUGCGUCCUGGGUGCUCACGGCGGCGCACUGCUUCGCGGGCGCCCCAAACGAGCUUCUGUGGACGGUGACGCUGGCCGAGGGGCCCCGGGGGGAGCAAGCGGAAGAGGUGCCGGUAAACCGCAUCUUGCCCCACCCCAAGUUUGACCCUCGGACCUUUCACAACGACCUGGCCCUGGUGCAGCUGUGGACUCCGGUGAGCCCGGCAGGGGCGGCGCGCCCGGUGUGCCUGCCCCAGGAGCCCCAGGAGCCUCCCGCAGGCACUUCCUGUGCCAUCGCGGGAUGGGGUGCUCUCUUCGAAGACGGGCCCGAGGCUGAGGCGGUAAGGGAGGCCCGUGUGCCCCUGCUCAGCGCAGACACCUGUAGAAGGGCCCUGGGACCGGGGCUGCGCCCCAGCAGCAUGCUCUGUGCUGGCUACCUGGCCGGGGGCAUCGACUCAUGCCAGGGUGAUUCUGGAGGCCCCCUGACCUGUUCUGAGCCUGGCGCCCGCCCCAGGGAGGUCCUGUACGGAGUCACCUCCUGGGGGGAUGGAUGCGGGGAGCCAGGGAAGCCCGGGGUCUAUACCCGUGUGGCUGUGUUCAAGGACUGGCUUCAGGAUCAAAUGAGCGCGGCCCCCUUCAGCCGCGAGCCCAGCUGCAGGGAGCUUCUGGCUUGGGAUCCGUCUGGAGAGCCUCUGGCAGAUGCCGCCCCUCCCUGCGCCUUCUACGCCCACUUGUGCCCGGGGCCCGUGGGCGCCUGUACGCGUCUCGCGCAAGAGCAGUGCCUGCAGCGCCGGCGGCGAUGUGAGCUGCGCUCGCUGGCACACACCCUACUGGAGCUGCUGCGGGGCGCCCAGGAGCUGUUCGGCCCGCGCCCGGGGAUGCGGCGCCUGGCCCCGUCCGUAGCUCGUCCCGCUCUGUCUCUCCGGGAUCCUCCCAGGCACCCGUCCCGCGAGCAGCGGCUGCACCCAGGAUCGCGGGCUGCAGGCACUCGGUUCCCGAAGAGGAGAUCAGAGCAGCAAGGCGAAGCGGACGGCUGCCCUGGGCUGGAGCCCCUGCGGCAGAAAUUGGCCACCCUCCAGGGCACCCAUGCCUGGAUCCUGCAGGUCCCCUCAGAGCACCUGGCCAUGGACUUUCACGAGGUCCUGGCAGAUCUGGGCUCCAAGACACUGACUGGGCUCUUCCGAGCCUGGGUUCGGGCAGGCUUGGGUGGCCGACACGUGGGCUUUGGCGGCCUGGUGGGCCUGGAGCCAGCCACAUUGGCUCGAAGCCUUCCCCGGUUGCUGGUGCAGGCCCUGCAGGCCUUCCGCUUGGCAGCCCUGGCGGAGGCAGAGCCUGAAGGACCCCAGAUGGGUUCAAGGCAGGGCCGAGGGCUGGGGAGGAAGGAGCAUCAUCCACUCAGCCCUCGGGUUCCCCCAGCCAGAUGGCCGUGAGCCAUGUUUCUCCCCUAGGCCCUGGUCAGGACCUGCUGCUCCCAGGGCCUGGGAGGGUUCAGGAAUUAUGAUGACAAACUGUCACUGCCAGAGUUGGGUGGGGGUCGGGGAGGUGGGAGAAGGGUCCUGGGCCCUACGUGUCUUCCCAGAUGUGCCAUCAGAAAAU